AUGUGUUCUGUAUGCCGCCCUACAGCCAGCAAAGAGCAGGACGUUGUGAAUCACUCCGGGAAAAUAAAUAAUACGAACUGAACAUCAGCGUCCUGGACAAAUUCGUCUUCUUGCAUGAUGACUGUUGAGUGAACACUAGACGAGGGUUAUCUGCUCCUCUCACGGACACAUUGGUCUGUUUUACGCGAAUACAGUCACAUCAUCCGGAGCCGGUUCGAGUUGUGUCAGUCACCUAUGAGAAGUGACUGAAGUGAGUGUGUGGUUGUGAUCCUCAGGGAUGUGUCAUGGCAUCGGUUCGGGUGGCAGUGCGGGUCCGGCCCAUGAACAGACGGGAGAAAGACUUGUCUGCCAAAUGCAUCAUCGAAAUGGAAGGCAACAAGACCACCAUCACUAACUUAAAAAUACCAGAUGGAGUGACUGGAGACUCUGUGAGAGACAGAGCAAAGACGUUCACAUAUGAUUUCUCUUACGACUCAUCGGACUGUAAAAACGCCAGCUUUGUCUCACAGGAGAAGGUGUUUAAGGAUCUAGGCACUGAUGUGUUGAAGGCAGCAUUUGAAGGAUAUAACGCCUGCAUCUUUGCUUACGGCCAGACUGGAUCGGGGAAGUCACACACCAUGAUGGGCAUCCCUGGUGACGUCGGGCUCAUCCCACGGAUCUGUGAAGGAUUAUUCAGCCGGAUUUCAGGAAUGACUCGAAGAGAUGAAGCCUCUUUCCGUACAGAAGUCAGCUAUUUGGAGAUUUACAAUGAACGGGUGCGGGACUUGUUAAGGAGAAAAAUGGCGAAGACGUAUAACCUCAGAGUCAGAGAGCAUCCGAAAGAGGGACCCUAUGUAGAAGACCUGUCAAAGCACCUGGUGCAGAACUACAGUGAUGUGGAGGAGCUGAUGGAGGCGGGAAACAUCAACCGCACGACAGCCAGCACCGGCAUGAACGACGCCAGUAGCCGCUCACAUGCCAUCUUCACCAUCAACUUCACACAGGCUAAGUUUGAUGCUGAGAUGCCGAGUGAGACGGUCAGUAAGAUUCAUCUGGUGGACCUGGCAGGAAGUGAGAGGGCAGACGCCACCGGGGCCACUGGUGUCCGACUCAAAGAGGGCGGCAACAUCAACAAAUCACUGGUCACUCUGGGAAAUGUCAUCUCCGCCUUAGCUGAUCUGUCACAGGAAGGCGGGAACAGUCAUUUGAAGAAGAAGCAGGUGUUUGUUCCUUACAGAGACUCAGUGCUCACAUGGCUCCUGAAGGACAGUCUGGGAGGAAACUCAAAAACCAUCAUGAUCGCUACUAUAUCACCUGCGGACGUCAACUACGGGGAGACACUGAGCACACUGCGCUAUGCUAACCGUGCCAAAAACAUCAUCAACAAACCCACGAUUAAUGAAGAUUCCAACGUUAGACUUAUCCGUGAACUCCGGGCAGAGAUCGCUCGGCUGAAAGCACUGCUUGCACAGGGAAAUCAGAUAGCGCUGCUCGAUUCCCCCACAGCGUUAAGUAUGGAGGAGGAACUGCAUCAUAAUGAAGCCAGGGUGUUGGAGCUGACCAAGGAAUGGACGAACAAAUGGAAUGAAACUCAGAACAUCCUGAAGGAAGAAACUCUUGCUCUGAGGAAGGAGGGAAUCGGAGUGAUCUUGGACUCCGAGCUGCCUCAUCUUAUCGGGAUUGAUGAUGAUCUGCUCAGCACCGGCAUCAUUCUCUAUCAUUUAAAGGAGGGAAGGACGUACGUUGGCCGUGAUGAUGCCACUAAUGAACCGGACAUCAUUCUUCAUGGUCUGGGUCUGGAGAGUGAGCACUGUCUGAUAGAGAAUCGGAACGGGACGGUCACUCUCAUUCCUCUGAAUGACGCUCAGUGUUCGGUCAAUGGAGUUCAGAUCACUGAGCCCUGCCAGCUCAACCAAGGUGCUGUCAUUCUCCUCGGCAGAACCAAUAUGUUCAGAUUUAAUCAUCCUAAAGAGGCGGCUAAACUGCGAGAAAAGAGAAAGAGCGGCCUCCUAACCAGUCUGAGCUUAUCCAUGUCUGAUCUGUCCAAAUCCUGUGAAAACCUCUCCACAGUCAUGCUGUAUAACCCGGGACUGGAGUUUGAGAGGCAGCAAAGAGAAGAACUGGAAAAACUGGAAACUAAAAGGCGGCUGAUAAAAGAGAUGGAGGAGAAGCAGAAGUGUGAGAAGGCGGAGCUGGAGCGUAUGCAGCAGGAGGUGGAGUCUCAGAGGAAGGAGUCUGAGCAGGUGCAGCUGCGCAUACUCAGACAGGAGGAGAGUCUGCGCAGACGCAGUCAGGACAUCGAGAGUCGCCUAAGGGACUUGAUUGCUGAGAAAGAGCGAUUCCAGGAGGAGAGACACAGAGAUCAGAAGGAGCAGGAACAGCAGAAGCAAAGGAGACUACAACCGAAGCAGAAGCUGGAGGACAAGGAGGUGCAGGAGGAAGAUCUGGAGGAGGAUGAAAAGGCUCAGGUCCAGCGAGAGCGAGCAGAACAAACCGAGCUCUUCCGUGAGCUGGAGCGGCUCAAAAGAGAGCGGGAGGAGCAGGCCGUCAAACUCCAGCUAGAACGCAGACGUCUGGAGGAGCGAGAGAAGGAGCAGCUGAGUCUCGUCGGGCGUCUGGAGGAGCAGCUGAGGGAGCGCAGCGAGGAGGCGGCCGCCCUGCUCACUCCAGAUGAAGCUCGGCGACUGGAGGAGGAGAGACGGACGCUCACCGAGCUCAGGGAGGAGCUGCUCAGAGCGAAGGAGGCGCGCAUUGAUGGAGAGGAGGAGAGCGGGGAGGAGGCCCGGAGGAGCGCGCAGGCACGCUAUGAACAUUUCAAGCAGAUGCAGGUGGAGGAGCUGGGUUUGCUGGAGGAGUCACUGAUCCAGCAGAAGGACCGGCUGGAACGGGAAGUGGCCAGUGAACGCACAUCUCUCGGCUUGCUGCUGCACGCGCACAAAGACAAACAGAAACAGGUCCGUGACAUGAUGGAGCGUGGCGUUCAGGACGUGUCCUCUCUGGGUCAGGAGGAGGUUCUGAUCCAGCAGGCCGAACACAGGCUGCAGUUUAAAGAGAAACAACUCCUAUCUAUCCGUGAGAAACAACUCCCUGCCGUCUCCGAGGAGCGACAGAGAGCCAGCGAGCUCCUGGAAAGAGUGAGAGGGGGAAGAGGGUCUCCUAGUUUGGACAGAAGUUCAGAAGAAAAGGACAAAGAGCUGGAUGAGACUCUGUAUCAGGUAGAGAAGGAGCUGGAGGAGAAGGAAGAGCGCUUGUCUCAGUACAGCGCGAGCGCUGAGCAGUUGCAGCAGCUGCAGCAGUCGUACGAGUUCACGGCAAACGUGGCCCGUCAGGAGGAGAAGGUUCGCAGGAAGGAGAAGGAGAUCCUGGAGUGGAGGGAGAAACAGCAGCGGGAGGCUCUGGAGCAGGCGGUCGCGCGUUUGGAGAGGAAACACACAGCCUACCGCAGGAGCCUCAGCCUGGAGCCGGACACUGAAGGGCCCCGCAGGAGGUCACAAUCCGCACUAGGACAGAGCACUUCCAGGUUUACAGGAACACAAGACCUGGACCAGGACAGGAUGGAGCGAGAGAUCGCCCAGCUGAAGCAGAGGAUCAGUGAGAGUGAAGGAAGUGUGCGGAGUCUAAGUGUGAACGGGGAGGAUAAGAAUAAUGUGAACCAGUCUCCCGUCAGCCCCAUACAGACCCUCCCCACUGUACUGUCGAUAGGAGACGAGAGGAUAAAUGCGUAUAUUGAAGAAGAGGUGCAGCGGAGACUACAGAAACUGAACCUGCUGAACAGAGAGAAUAACAACACACUCUCACUGUCCUCAGGACUCACUGCAGACGCUAGUCAUCUAUUGAUGGGAAAUGACAAAACAAGUGCUUGCUUGACCCCUGAAAUCAGCUGCUUUAAGUUAUGUGUUAGUAAUUUUGUGACCCUUAUAAACUCUAUUUCAAUCUCUCAGGACAACGAUAAAAAACGCAUCGAUCUGCGCAAACUGAAAUACGAGCGGCUGGUGUCGAUUCCUCUGGAUCCGAGUCCAGAGAGUCUUAAGGAUCCGGUGAAGAUCAGUAUUCCGCGUUAUGUCCGGUGUGGACAGGGCAAAGAUGAACACUUCGAGUUUGAAGUCAAGAUCACUGUUUUGGAUGAAACGUGGUCGGUGUUUAGAAGAUACAGUCGUUUUCGGGAGAUGCACAAAUCUCUGAAGCUAAAAUAUCCAGAGCUCGCAUCUUUGGACUUCCCUCCCAAAAAGAUUUUUGGAAACAGAGAUGAAAGAAUGAUUGCGGAACGCCGGAGUCAGUUGGAGCAAUACCUGCGGAACUUCUUCCAUGUGAUGAUGACAUCAUCCUCCUCUUCCCCACUGAGAACGGAUGAGUGUGGAUUAAACCUCUCAAAACACGCCGUGUGCGACAUCUCUCCUUUCUUUAAGAAGGGAGUGUUUGACUACAGCAGUCACGGGACGGGCUGAGAGACACACACACACACACACACACACACACACACACACACACACACACACACACACACACACACACA